CUAAUCCAAUGUUUAGGUAGCACACGCAGAGCGAUUCAGUAGCAAAGGUGUGCACACAUAUAUAUCCCAUCUCUAGUCGCCAUCAUUGGAACAGUUCUAGAGGAGAACUUGAGCAGACGGCUACUUUCAUUGAACGUUUCAGCUCGAAAAACAGAAAUGACCGCUGUCUGACACUUCUGCUUUAACUCCAGGUUUGUGGACAACAAUGCAGUUUACGACGAUGCAAGGCUCUUGCUUCCAGGCCGCUCCCCCAGCCCAGUACCAGUCCUCCCUCUACCGCCCGACGGACAUGUUUGAUCCCGCCAUGAAGCUCCCACACAGCCCCGAGCUCGGCGACGCAUUCAGCAGCUGUCUCGGAAUGAGCCGAGCUCCUCCGAGUUACUCGGAGUCCACGAUGAUCUGUGCUGCCUCCCCGCCAUUGCAGCCCAUUCCAAACUCUAGCACGUCUUAUUAUAAGCUGGGAGGAGGCGGCGGCUGGAACGAUUUCAACGUGUUCGGGACAAAUUCUCCUGUGCUUUCAGAUCAAAAACAAUCCUAUUAUGCAGACUCGAAACCUGUGACUGGAAUACAGGGCUACGGGAGUGAGGUCUCUGUCGAACAGACGCAUAUCCUCAGCAAUCCUGCACCGCCAGAAAUGAAGGCAGACGACUGCAAGCACGAGAAUUCCACUGCAGACGAACAGAACAGCGUAGCAGACGACACCCCGCAAGUGACGUCGACUGAGAAAAAUGGAGGCGACAUUGCGACGUCUGCUGUGGUUUCCAACGAAGGGAACGCGGGGAACGCCGAAGAGGAAGCUCUGCAAUCUCUGGACAAACCAGAGGAGAAGACUAAAGAACAACCCUCAGACCAAAAGCCGCCCCUGUCGUACAUCGCCCUUAUUGCCAAAUCAAUUUUAGAAAGCGCGGAAAAGAGGCUAAGCCUGGGCUCCAUUUAUAACUGGAUUGAGAAACAUUUCCCUUAUUUUAAAAACCGGGGUCAGGGGUGGAGAAACAGCGUCCGCCAUAACCUCUCCCUAAACGACUGUUUUAUUAAAGCGGGACGCUGUGAGGAUGGCAAAGGCAACUACUGGAGCAUCCACCCGGCCAACCUCCAGGACUUCAUGCGCGGAGACUUUCGUCAGAGGCGCCGUUCCCGUCGCCGCGGGAGAAAAAAGGACUGCGAGUUCGCCAUGCAUAACGGUUACAUGGGCGGUCCAGGCGCUCCCCUCUCUCCGUCCGUCUCCUUCAACCCGGCAGCCGCUCUCAGCUCCAUCUACUCCCCGUACACGGAGGCCGAGCGGCGUGCAUACCGGCUGGACGAGGUCCUCUUGAGGCAAAGUAUGAACAACCCUUUCAUGAAGUGGUACCACAACGGCGUCAACAACACAGGGUAUUCCAACACGUGCUCUUUGAACAACGCGCCCCCUCCGCCGCCCCCCUCCUGUAACUCCGGGAUGUACAACCCUCCGCCGCCGUGUAAUAACCAGUGGCAGACCCCCAGCUACGCGGACACCAACUCCCAGUCGCUGUACCCCCUGGGGUCGUCAUUCUCCAGGUUUGUUAAAUAACGCUGUCUCAGGCUGCCGCUUUUACUUUGUUGAGUGUUCAGAACUGUUGCUCUUUUAAGAAGACUCACAUCUUGUUAUUUACCUAUCUUCUAACAUAUAUUGUAUGAUAAAAUAGGUGUUUUGUGCUUCUAGGGACUGCUUUGCAAAUGAUAUUCAGUCAUAAAAUUUUUGAACCAUAAAAUUUGAUCUUCUUAAAAUUUGAGCGAAUCGAUGCUAGUCUAUAUGAAGAAGGAUCUUUGGACAUUUUGAUAAAAAUAGAGAAUAUUCAAUUUAAUUAUAAUUGAUUUAAUGUAAGGCAUAAAUUUGCCUUAUUUUAGUUGAUUUGACCGAGUAGUUUUAAUAUUCCAGGUUAGGCCCGUGCCUAAUCUUGACUUUUUGAUUUUUUUUUCUUUUAUAAAAUUGUCCCUUCUUCAAUGUGCUUUCAGUCAGGAACGACAUUUGUCUGUUAGGUCUGUCAAAUAUGUGUGUUGAAAGUGAUUUUGUUGUCUGCUCGUUCUGUGAGUCUGCGCCGUUUGCUUUAUUAUUUCAGAAAUAAGCGUUUUGCAUGUUAUAAAAGGCGAUGUAGUGCGACUACUCGCAGUUUCUUCUCUUUAAAACAUUACAAAACGUGCAUCAUGUGACCGAAAAUAAAUUAAAAUUUUUAUUUGGAUAUUUUUUGCCGAAAUAGUUCGACGGAUCACUUGAUAAAAAAAUGUCAAAACGUAGACAUAAAGUAUUUCUGAUAAAAAAGAUAUGUUUUCAAAAGACAUAGUAACUUUGUACCUCACAUUCUCUGUAAUAAUUUCUUAUUUUGGCAAUGCAUUCUACAACUAAUCAUUUGUAUCAAUUCAAAAAAAGUAUUUUUAGAAAUUAUUAGCUUGUCAUUUGCAGAACGGCAAAGAUUUUAGUUUCUAGUCAUCUAAAAACGUGUAACUUACAAUGUCUCACUAUUGUCCAAAGAUAAGUAGCCCAUGUGAACUCAGAGCUCGAUAUAAAUAAUCUGCAUUACCAGUGCCUUGAGUGGACGUGUCUUAAUUACUGAAGUGAAUUGUUUGUUGUAUAUUUUUAAAAUUUUAUUUAAGAGAACGCCUUAUCAUUCUCCGUCCUUUAAACAUUUUUCUAAGUUUGUAAAGAAUAUUAUUAUUAUUAUUAUUAUUAUUAUUAUUAUUAUUAUUAUUAUUAUUAUUAUUAUUAUUAUUAUAGCUGUAUGACGAAAACGAAACAUUGUCACAAAGAAAUGUUGAACAAAUAAAACUGUCAGAGACACGGUGGCAAAUAUUGAUGUGAAUCUAAAUUGAUACCGUAUUAAUGAACGCAGGUGUAUUUGAUUGCACCACAGAUAAUUCUUGUAAAUUUUUUUAAAGAAAUGAUUUUAUUAAUUGACUAUAUGUAGACACUAUAUCCUGGUUUUUUGUUGAUAAAAGUGCUUUCUUCUCUAUUUUAAAACUUGUAGUUUAAUUGGGUAACUAACAGGGUUAAUUUUUAGUUUUCUUUCUGAGAAGUAGUAACCUUCAGUAACAAUGUCGUUCCCAGUAAACAUAUAACGUUACCAUAACGUUUCCAUGGCGUUAAUAUAACAAUAAAACGUUAUGGUAGCGUUAUAAUAACGCUCUGUGUUUCCUGGGUUACCAAGUCGUCCCGGGAGGUCGUGCAAUACGCGUAUAACAAAUUAUAACUUGAUAAACAUUAUUAUGAGAGCCAUUUUACUUGGAUGAUUCAAAUUCUAUUGUUCCGUAAAUGUCGAUUUGAUUUUCCAAAAAAAAGUAUAUGAUUACGUUUGUGAUUUUGUAAUUAUGCACAGCUUAGUUGUAUAAGUCAACUGUUAAGUUACGUUUGAUUAGAACUAAAAUAGAAUGAGUAUCGUAGAUACUUAAUUUUGACGUAAUGUUUUAGAAAGGUUCUGAAUUCGAUAUAUUGAAGAGUGGUAUUUUAUAAAAAUAUUAUUUUCUUUUUAUACUUGCCUGUAUGAAAAUACCGCUAAAAUCGGCGCUAGCCGCCCUAGUGCAUACUUGUACAUCAAUGCAAACAUGCAUA